AUGGAAGAGUUGACCAUCUGGGAGCAGCACACAGCCACACUCAACAAGGACCCCCGCCGGGGCUUUGGCAUGGCCAUCUCUGGAGGCCGGGAGAGGUCCAGCGGCUCUGUGGUUGUGUCGGAUGUAGUACCUGGGGGGCCGGCUGAGGGCAGGCUGCAGACAGGGGACCACAUUGUCAUGGUGAAUGGGGUCUCCAUGGAGAGUGUCACCUCCACCUUCGCCAUCCAGAUACUCAAGACUUGCACCAAGUUGGCCAACAUCACGGUGAAGCGGCCCCGGAAGAUACAGCUGCCUGCCACCAAGCCUGGCCUCUCUAGUCCAGGGCAGCAUGACUCAGAUGAGGAGGAUGGGCCCUGGCGCCUUGAGGAUACUGACCACGGCCGGGGCUAUGAGGGUGACUCGUCCAGUGGCUCUGGCCAUUCCUGGGGUGAGCGCUCCCGCCGGCCAAGGGCCGGCCGCCGGAGCCGGGCUGGUAGUCAUGGGCGCAGGAGCCCAAGUGGCGGUUCCGAGGCCAAUGGGCUGGCCCUGGUGUCAGGCUUCAAGCGUCUCCCACGGCAGGAUGUGCUGAUGAAACCCAUCAAGUCAGUGCUGGUGCGGCAGAGGGAGAGUGAAGAGUUCGGGGUCAAACUGGGCAGCCAGAUCUUCAUCAAGCACAUCACAGAUUCGGGCCUGGCCGCCCGGAACCGCGGGCUGCAGGAGGGAGACCUUAUCCUACAGAUCAACGGAGUGUCCAGUGAGAAUCUGUCGCUGAGUGCUACACGACGGCUGAUUGAGAAAUCGGAAGGGAAGCUCACCUUGCUGGUGCUCAGAGACCACUGGCAGUUCCUGGUGAACAUCCCGCCCGCGGUCAGCGACAGUGACAGCUCCCUCUUGGAGGACAUUUCAGACCUGGGCUCGGAACUGUCUCAGGCACCACCCUCGCAUAUCCCUCCACCACCCCGGCACAGGCAGCAGAGCCCAGAUUCCAGCCGGACCACCUCCCCUGUGGAGAGGCCCCAGCUUCAGCGAGAGCCGUCGGUGGACUCCCGAACUGUCUCAGAGCCAGGUGAGGAGCUGGCGGAUUCGCCUCGGGCGAGCAGCUAUGACAUCUACCGGGUGCCCAGUGGCCAGGGCGUGCAGGAUCAUGGGUACAGCCCUGAUGUGCGGGUGGUCCGCUUCAUCAAGGGUGCCAGCAUUGGGCUGCGGCUAGCUGGGGGCAACGACGUGGGCAUCUUCGUGUCUAGGGUGCAGGCGGGCAGCCCAGCGGAUGGGCAGGGCAUCCAGGAGGGCGACCAGAUCCUGCAGGCGAAUGACACGCCCUUCCGGAACCUGACUCGGGAGGAGGCCGUGCAGUUCCUGUUGGGGCUGCCCCCGGGCGAGGAGCUGGAGCUGGUGACGCAGCAGAAACAGGACAUUUUCCGGAAAAUGGUGCAGUCUCGCGUGGGUGAUUCCUUCUACAUCCGCACGCACUUCGAGAUGGAGCCCAGCCCCCCGUCCGGCCUGGGCUUCACACGCGGUGAUGUCUUCCACGUGCUCGACACGCUGUACCCGGGCUCUGGGCAGAGCCAUGCCCGUGGGGGCCACUGGCUGGCAGCCCGCAUGGGUCGGGACCUGCGGGAGCAGGAGCGAGGGCUCAUUCCCAACCAGAGCAGGGCAGAGCAGCUGGCCAGUCUGGAGGCUGCCCAGAGGGCCGUGGGGGCUGGGCCCACUUCCUCUGCCGGCUCCAAUGCCCGUGCUGAGUUCUGGCGGCUUCGGGGCCUUCGUCGGGGGGCCAAGAAGACCACCCACCAGAGCCGCGAGGACCUGUCAGCUCUGACCAAGCAGGGUCACUACCCUCCCUACGAGCGUGUGGUGCUGCGAGAAGGUAGGACCUUGGGUGGGCAGGACAAGCAUGCGCUCCUGGACGUGACGCCCUCGGCAAUCGAGCGCCUCAACUACGUGCAGUACUACCCCAUCGUGGCCUUCUGUGCCCCCGAGAGCCAGCCCACCCUCAAGGCAUUGCGGCAGUGGCUGGCCCCUGCCUCCCGCCACAGCUCCCGCCGCCUCUACGCACAGGCCCGGAAGCUGGGCAAGUACAGUGGCCACCUUUUCACAGCCACCAUCCCUCUGCGUGGUACAAGUGAGGCCUGGUAUCAGGAGCUCAAGGCCGUCAUCCACGAGCAGCAAAUGCAGCCCAUCUGGACGGCUGAGGAUCAGCUGGACAGCUCCUCAGAGGACAAUUUGGACCUCCCGCUCCGUGGCCUGGCUGACAGCUCGGCAGACCUCAGCUGUGACAGCCGGGCCAACAGUGACUACGAGGAGACAGAUGGCGAGGGCUACACGGACGGCGAGGGCUACACGGAUGGCGAGGGCGGGGCCCACACAGACGUGGAGGAGGAGCCUCCGGCACCAGCGCUGGCCCGGUCCUCAGAGCCUGUGUUGGCGGACGAGCCCCAGAGCCUGCCGGACCAUGAAAGAUCCUCAGCCCACCGGGGGGUCCAGGUGGACAGCCGGCAUCCCCAGAGUCGGCGUCGACAGGACAGCAUGAGAAUAUACGAGCAGGAGGCCCUAAAGAAAAAGUUUACACGAGCCCGAGACAUGGAGUCCUCUGAUGAAGACGGUUAUGACUGGGGCCCGGCCACUGACCUGUGA